UUUACACAUUUUCUCCUGCAAUUAUUUUCGAUUGUGAAAUUCUUCGCAGAAAAAUCUCCCGCGAAGAUGUUGGAACGACCGAAGCCGUUGUCCCUGAAGACAUUUUCCUUCCCCGAAUGGUACAAGGAUUUCAAGAAAAUUUCCAUCCGUUCUCACAUUGUAAACAUUCCGCCAAAGGUGCUCGAAUACCUGAAAGACGAAAUGAUCGUGCUGCCGAAGGAAUGCAACGAAACGACGCACGAAAACGAGCUGGGCGACGAUUAUUUGGACGAAGACACGGAAGAAACAGUUCCGCCGGAAUUUCCGGAUUUUAGCAAGGCGCUACAGGAAAAAUUGCGGAUUUUAAAUGGCUCGGCGUUCAUUAAGACGAAUUUUCAUUGUCCCAAAGACUCGGUUUGGAUCACGGCGGGUCAGACAAUGCGGGCGAGGAGUUUGUCGGAUGUUUAUAUGUUGCUCAAGGCGUCGAGUAUUUGCAAGGAGGAUCUCGCUUGUGAAAACGUUGGGGAGCAAGGACAUGUCGUGGUAUUAAGGCAAUGGACGGAAAUUCAUCCGGGCACGGAAUUUAGAUGUUUUGUCAAGAAUAAAUGCUUGAUCGCGAUUUCGCCGAGAGAUUGGCCGCAAUAUCAUGCUCACAUUGCGCAACACAAACGCGAUAUUAUCAAUGAUAUUGUUUCGCUUUUUAAGGAAAAAAUUAAGGAAAAGUUCCCCAUUGAUGAUUACGUUUUCGACGUAUUCAGGGAAACAAAAGACGAAGUUUAUCUCGUGGAUUUUUCCCCCUUCGAUGAAUCUGUGACACAAGCUCUCGCCUUCGAAUGGCCUGAACUCCAUUCGAGUCUAGGAGUCGCAAUUUCCACGCCCGAGGACGAAGAUGACCCCGAAUUCCGUUACUUGCCGGAAGAUUGUGGCAUUCAGCCAAACCCUCGAAACAAUUAUGGCAUUCCGCAUGACGUAAUAAAUCUCUUUAAAGCUCAGCAAGGCACUGCUACGUCGACAGAAGAGUCGGAAAUGGAUGCCAGCACCGUCAAUGACUUACUGAUAAAUCGACUGCGCGAAGAAUGCGAAAGUCAAUCACGAGACGACGAAUAGUUUCAAACGAAUUAUCAAAUAAAUUAAGAACUUGUGUCGAUAAA